AUGAAUAUUGAAAAAGCCGAAGCAAAGUCAAAAAUGAUUGAAAUGUCCAAGCAGAAUAUAGAAAAUAAGACAAAAAAGGAAUUGGAACUUAAACAAAAACAAGAAGAAUUAUUAGAGAAAAGGCGUUUAAUAUUAAAAUCCUUAUUGACACCUGAAGCUCAUGCAAGAUUGUCUAGAAUUGGAAUAGUUAAAGAAGAACAGGCUAGAAGAAUAGAAGAUAUUAUUAUAAGAAAUAGUCAAAUGGGUUUGAUAUAUAACAAAAUUGAUGAUGACCACUUGAUAAAAAUUAUAGAGCAAAUAAAUGACAAAAUGUAUAAAAAGGAUCCAGUAAUAGAAAUCAGGAGGAGAAAACAAUUUGACGACGAUGAUGAUUUCAAUGAAGAAGAUUAUAUGUGA